AAAAAAUCGAGCGGAGGAAAAGAAGCUUUUCAAAUCAAUUUCAAUGGCGUACGCUUUUUAUUUGACAACCAUUUCCGUUUUACACCUGAUUUUAUUCUCUUCAUCAGUGUGCGGGGACGGCAAUUCUCCAUUUAUCGUGGCGCAUAAAAGGGUUUCUCAGAGAAAGCUGAAAUCGGAUCUGGAACGGGUCUCCGUAUCCAUCGACAUCUACAACACUGGAUCCGACACAGCAUAUGACGUGACCCUCACUGAUAAUUCUUGGAACCAAGAGAUUUUCGAUUCUAUUAUUGGCAAUACAUCUAAGACCUGGGAUAGACUUGAUGCUGGUUCUAUCGUGUCACAUUCGUUUGAGUUGGAAUCGAAGGUGAAAACUGUUUACUAUGGGGCACCUGCUUUGAUCAAGUACCGAGUUCCGACAAAGUCGAAGCUUCAGGAAGCAUAUUCGAUCCCACUUCUGCCAUUAAACAUUCUAUCCGAGCAAGUCCCCCAGAAAAAGAUCGAAAUUAGAUUGCUCUCAAAUUAUGGAUCACAUAUUUCGGUAUUCCUCAUAGUCGCCCUCUUUGCGCACAUCCUCAGUGCACCGAAAGCCAAGAGAAGCUCAGGAAAAAUUGCAGUGUGUGACAGCUUAAGUAGCUCUUUUUCCACCGAUUACAGCUCGCGUUUCAGUUCUGCUUCUUUAUCUGAAGCAUCACGAUACCCAAAAUCGGAAGCUGAGAUUCUGUCAUCACCACAUGUGAAGGCCUUCACAUUUAACGAACUACGAAGUGCAACGAGAAACUUUGGGCCCGGCAGUUUUAUUGGGGAAGGAGGCUUCGGGUACGUUUACAAAGGGUGGAUUGAUGAGCAUACUCUUACUGCCUCAAGGCCCAGAUCAAGUUUGGUCAUUGCGGUGAAAAAGUACGUUUUCAAAGGGUGGAUUGAUGAGCAUACCCUUACUGCCUCAAGGCCCGGAUCAAGUUUGGUCAUUGCGGUGAAAAAGUUGAAGCCCGAGGGAUUGCAAGGCCACAAAGAGUGGUUGACAGAAGUUAAUUAUUUGGGACAACUUCAUCACCCGAACCUUGUAAAACUCGUUGGCUACUGUUUGGAGGGUGAAAAUCGACUGUUGGUUUAUGAGUUCAUGCCGAAAGGAAGCCUGGAUAAUCAUUUGUUCAGAAGAGGGCCACAACCCCUGACCUGGGCAACUCGUAUAAAGGUCGCCAUAGGUGCUGCCAGGGGCCUUUCUUUCUUGCACGAAGCUGAAGAACAAGUCAUAUACAGAGACUUGAAAGCUUCUAAUAUUCUUCUUGAUGGGGAAUUCAACGCCAAAUUGUCCGACUUUGGUUUGGCCAAAGCCGGCCCCACCGGCGACAAGACACAUGUAUCGACCCAAGUUAUGGGCACUCAUGGAUAUGCUGCACCUGAAUAUGUCGCCACAGGUGAAAAUGCCGGUAAUGAGCGAAUACCUCCAAAUCGUAAUAAAAGAGAGAUGAAUUGCAAGCUGAUUGCGUAUGUUCUCGUAAAAUUGGAUAAUAUGUAA